AUGGCCGACGAACACAACCACCUCGCCGAGUCCGGCGUCACAAUGCACUCCGACAUCGAACUAUACUCUGCAGGCGAUGAUCUAUCAUCACCUCCCUCGUCAAACUCACCAGUCAUCCUCUACAAGCCUCCUACUGUGUGGUCUUUGAUGCGUGGAACUGCCAUCAACCUGUUGCUACCGUUCAUCAACGGUAUGAUGCUUGGUUUCGGAGAGCUGUUUGCUCAUGAGGCAGCCUUCAGGCUGGGUUGGGGCGGCACCAAGGUCUUCCCUCUUUCGCGAAGAAGAGCACACCCCAUCGGACCUGGUAUCGAGCUUCGAGAAAACUACAGCACUCCUCGUCCUUCGCUGGACGAUAUUGCAAGCCUGGAGUAA